AUGUCGGCUGCUUCUACUCCUACUACUUCCUUCUCUUCCACCACAACGACAACCACCUCACCCACUAGUACUGAGUCUACUGGACGUACUACGAGUAUCCCACAUCGACGUGAAUCGGUAAAACAUGAGGUUAAGACGAAUUUGAAUGCUAUCGUCACCGAAACCAAGGAUGGUGAACGUUGCUUAAACAAUUACAUUUUAAAAGAAGUUAUUGGACAUGGCGCGUAUGGGACUGUUAAUUUGGCUACCGAUAAAGAUACCGGAACUAAUUAUGCAAUUAAAGAAUUCAGUAAAGCACGACUUCGAAAAAAAGAUAAAUCCAACGCAUAUCGUCGCUCACGGGGCGCCUGGCGGGGAGGUCGACGUGGUGCACCUAUGCCUCCACCCAAAGAUAAUGUCGAUACUUCUAAUCCUUUAUAUUUGAUUAGAGUCGAAGUUGCCAUUUUGAAAAAACUGAAUCAUCCGAAUGUGGUAAAAUUAUAUGAGGUUAUGGAUGAUCCUAAUAACGAUUCUCUUUAUAUGGUUUUUGAAAUGUGCGAAAAGGGUGUUUUAAUGGAUAUCAAUAUCCGUAAGAAAUCAACACCUUUCCAAGAAGAUAAAUUGCGACAAUACUUUCGGGAUAUGAUUCUUGGGUUUGAGUAUUUACAUGAAAAUGAUAUAGUUCAUCGAGACAUAAAGCCCGACAAUCUUUUACUCUCAAAAGAUGACGUACUUAAAAUUGUAGAUUUUGGAGUUUCAGAAAUAUUUGUCAAAGGAAAUGACAAAACUAAGAAAUCGGCUGGUAGUCCAGCGUUUAUGGCACCUGAAUUAUGUCAAGUUCAACACGGAGAAGUCUCUGGAAAAGCCACAGAUUUAUGGUCAAUGGGCGUAACAUUAUACUGCAUGACUUUUGGAUAUUUACCAUUCGAAAAAGAUAAUUUAAUUGAUUUAUAUGUAUCGAUUAAGGAGGAUACCCUGGUGAUUCCCCCGGAAACAGAUGCAGAUCUAGCAGACUUAUUAACAAAGCUAUUGGACAAAGAUCCAAAUACACGAAUUACGAUGGCACAACUCAGGAUGGAUGCUGUACGUCGAUUCAAACGCGGUUCUCGUCAUCAUGCUACUCCUUCAGAUUUGACCGCAUUGAAAAAUCUAGGUUUAACUGAAGACCAACAACAAAUAAAUCACGAAAAAGGGGAAACUACAGCUGUAUCUAACAAUGCAAAUAAUCCAAAUUUGGU